AUGGCUCUUCGGCAGCUGGCAUCCCAGGCCGCGAGCGGUCUCGGCCUUCGGUGCACCGCGCCGAGCCUGGCCCUCACCCAGUCCCCUGUGGGGUUGCUGCAGGCUGCCCUUUUCCGGUCGUACUCCACGGUCAUCGAUGGCCUGAAGUAUGCCGAGAGCCACGAGUACGCCAAGAUCGAGGGCGAUGUUGCCACUCUGGGCAUCACCGACUUCGCCCAGAGCGAGCUGGGAGAUGUUGUUUACGUCGAGGUCCCCGAGGUGGGCGCCAGCCUGUCCAAGGGAGCCAACCUGGGUGUCGUGGAGUCCGUCAAGGCGGCCAGCGACAUCUACUCUCCCCUCAGUGGCGAGGUGAUCGAGGUCAACUCUGCCCUGGUGGAUGACCCCGCCAAGAUCAAUGCGGAGCCCUUUGAGGGUGGCUGGCUGGCCAAGAUCAAGCUCAGCGACCCCUCCGAGGCCGACUCCCUUCUGGAUGCCAAUGCGUACAAGAAGCAUGUAGAGUCCCAGGCACACUGA